AUGCCGAGCGUACAGGCAAACGGCGCAGCGCACGCCGGCGAGUCCGUCGCCGGCGGCGUGCCACCGACGCUGCCGGCCGUAUGCGCCGAACUGCGGCGCAAGGUCCUGGCCUUCCUGGACACUCCUGCGGCGGACGAGACGACCAAGAGAACACAAGAACAGACACGCAUAUCGCUGCAGGUCGUGGAGGAGGCACUGAAGCGUUACAAAUUCGAGGAGCUGUCGCUCUCUUAUAAUGGCGGCAAGGACUGCCUCUGUCUGCUGGUGCUUUUGCUGGCGUGCCUGCCGACGCUGACGACGGGCAGCGGCAGCAAGGCGCCGAAGCCGGAUGCCGAGGCCGCUGCCACGCCACUGCCACGGAUCCAGGCCAUGUACAUUGCGCCGCCUGACCCGUUCCCAGAAAUGGGAGAGUUCGUCGCGCACUCGACGCGGGAGUACCACCUCGAUCUGAAGCAGUACACGAUGGCGAUGCGGCCGGCGCUGGACGCGUACCUGGCCGAGACGCCCGCGGUAAAGGCCAUCUUCAUGGGCACCCGGCGGACGGACCCGUACAGCGAGCACCUGGAGCACUUUAGCCCGACGGACGCCGGCUGGCCGCAGUUUAUGCGCAUCAAUCCCAUGAUUGACUGGCACUACGUGGAUAUUUGGAUUUUCCUGCGCCAGCUGGAGAUUCCGUACUGCAACCUAUACAACCUCGGAUACACGUCGCUCGGAGGCACGAGCAACACGAGACCGAACCCGAAGCUCGCUGUGGAUGGCGAUUGCACAAAGUUCCGCCCGGCGUACGAUUUGACGCGAGACGAAGACGAGAGGCUGGGAAGAGGUCGGUAG